UAUGAGGCCACUAUUUACCUCGGGCUCUCUCGCCAUGGCUCGGCGAGGGCAGCGGGGGUAGCGGGAAGGCGGAGCUGCGCGGACCUGCAGGGUGCAGCGUUUGGGCCCGGGGGAAGCGAGCCAUGAGUUCCUACCUGGAGUACGUGUCGUGCGCCGGUGGCGGCAGCGGAGGGGUAGGCGGCGACGUGCUCGGCUUCGCACCCAAGUUCUGCCGCGCCGACGCUCGCCCCGUGGCCCUGCAGCCCGCCUUCCCCCUGGGCAGCGGCGACGGCGCCUUCGUGAGCUGCUUACCCUUGGCCGCCCCCCGGCCCGCGCCGUCGCCCCCCGCCGCCCCGGCUCAGCCUCCGGGACCACAGCCCGCCGCGCCCCGGUACGCGCCCUGCACCCUGGAGGGCUCCUACGAGCGGGGCGCCGCACCUGCCGCCUCUGCGCCUGCUGCAGACUACGGCUUCUUGGGGUCCGGGCCGGCGUUCGAUUUCCCGGGCGCGCUCGGGAGAGCGGCGGACGACGGCGGGGCGCACGUCCACUAUGCCACCUCGGCGGUCUUCUCCGGCGGAGGAUCUUUCCUGCUCAGCGGCCAGGUGGACUUCGCGACCUUUGGAGAGCCCGGCCCCUUCCCCGCGUGUCUCAAGGAGCCAGCGGACCGCCACCCCGGGCCCUUCCAGACUGCGUCCCCGGCCCCCGGCGCCUGUCCUAAGCCCGCCUCUCCCACCUCCGGCCUCCCGGCCGCCUUCAGCACUUUCGAGUGGAUGAAAGUCAAGAGGAACGCCCCCAAGAAAAGCAAACUCUCCGAAUACGGAGCUACAAGCCCCUCCAGUGCCAUACGCACGAAUUUCAGCACCAAGCAACUGACGGAACUGGAGAAGGAGUUUCAUUUCAAUAAGUACCUAACCAGGGCCCGACGCAUCGAGAUCGCCAACUGCUUGCAGCUGAAUGACACCCAGGUCAAAAUCUGGUUCCAGAACCGCAGGAUGAAACAGAAGAAAAGGGAACGAGAGGGCCUUCUGGCCACAGCUGCCUCUGUGGCCUCCCUUCAGCUUCCUCGGUCAGAAACAAAUCCCACUAAAUCUGGCCGGAACCUAGGAAGCCCUUCUCAGGCUCAAGAGCCUUCCUGAGGUCCACUCUUGAGGCUGAGGACCUUGGGUCUACAGAAGUCACAGACUGCCCCCACCCUUGUAUAGACUUAGCUCAGUUUGGGUGUGGGCAGAAAUUAGUACGGAUUUUUACUUGGCAAAGGAAAUGUCGAAAUUGGCUUCUGAGUUCCAGAGGCUGUGUGUAGAGAUAUUAUUUUGAUAUCUCUCAUUUGCAUCUUAUUUCUGCCUCAUCAGGGAAACGGGUCUAGCUGCCGGCCUAAGCGCUGCUGUGUUAGUUAGUCAUGGACAAUUCCUGGGUGUAGAGUGGCAGGCCUUUUUAGUCGUUGAAUUCUGUCAACCCUCUGAUGUGGUCAGCAAAGCACCUCUCUGAAGUUAUUUCAGUUUUAAUUUCAAGGACAGACUAGACAUAUGCAGCUUCUUGAGAUAACCAAAGCUAGUUAGGGUCUCCUUGUUGUGGCUAAGCUGCUUCAUUGAUGACCUUCACGUUGCACUCCAGUUUGUAUGUUAAGUGGCUCCUACCUCUCCAUGUGCCUGAGUGAAGAUACAAUCGCUGUUUAGUUAGUAGCUGAACAAAUCCACAGGGUGGGUAAGGACUAGAGCUUGAAUUAUACCACGACAUCAGUUACUCAGACUUGAAUGUAAAUAUAUACAGUGUGUAUAUUUUUGAAAGAUUUGCUUGCAGUGAACUCAUAGAUGACAUUUAAUGUCAUACAUAGCAUGUAAAGGUUUUGACCUUUGGGGGGGCAAUAAAAGUCACAGAAUCUA